UAUUUUAUUAGUGAGUAAUAAUAGCAAAAAAAUGAAUACGUCUGAAAUAUCAUGUCAUAUAAAGUGACAGUCUGAUAGUUUCUUCCAGGAUACUAACUUUGCCUGAGUUUCUGUUUCCGGCAAGGUUUCGAUAGCUUGAACAAGGAACUCUUUUUUUAUUUAUUUUUUAUUUUUCUUGAAUCAGCGUGAUGCAGACAAUAAGAGUGGUCAUAGCCAGCUUUGUUUCGGUGGCGCUUUUAUCUGACGUGGUUGCUAUUCAGUGGCUCGCUAUUGGCAAAACAAGAAAGAUCUGGGAUAAGAAAUUCCAUUGUGUUCGCGCCCGAAGACAAAAAAUCCUGCAGGGAAACCAAGGGCGGCUUUGUAAGCGUAACAUGGAACUUAUGCCUUUGGUCGUAAAUGCUGCCCAGGUGACCAUGAAAACAUGCCAGAAAACGUUUGAAGACAGGCGGUGGAACUGUUCAUCUAUUAGUGUUAUUCCCAACCUAACCCACGAUUUGACUGCAGGUACUCGAGAGCAAGCCUUUGUGUUUGCACUAACGUCCGCUGCUGUUGGUCACACUAUAGCACGCGCUUGCAGCUUGGGAACGUUUCUUUCUUGUAGUUGUGGACGCGUGCCUCGCGAACCACCUAACGGAAACUUCAAGUGGGGUGGAUGUGCUGAUAAUUUACGUCACGGCCUUAAGUUUGCACGCUCAUUUUGUGAUAGUCCUUGGAGGCAGAAGAAGAUAAAAGAAACAACAAAGGCUAUUAUGAAUAGACAUAAUAACAAAGUAGGAAGGCAGAUAGCUCGUAACAGUGUGACUACACAGUGUAAGUGUCACGGUGUGUCUGGCUCUUGUAAUAUAAAGACAUGUUGGAGGGCUCUUCCGAAGCUUCUAGAAGUGUCUGAGUUCCUAAAAAGGAAAUAUUACAUCGCUACAGAAGUUGUCAGCCAGAGGAGAGGGGAACAGCAAAAACUGAUUCCAGCCAAUGGUCAAAUGGGAAUGUAUGGGAAGACCGAUCUGAUUUUUAUCACCAAAUCUCCAGAUUACUGUCUACCUAAUUCAAAAGUUGGAUCUUUGGGCACUAGAGGGCGGUCAUGUAAUGAAAGCUCGACUGGCACUGAUGGCUGUGAUUCCAUGUGUUGUGGGCGUGGAUUCAGCACCGAAACCGUUGUAAAACUAGAACACUGUCAUUGUAAAUAUUAUUGGUGUUGUUAUGUGAAGUGCAAAACUUGUCGUAGUUGGGUUCAAAAGCAAAGGUGUCAUUGAGAGACGCGGUAUUCCAUAACGUGCACAAAUUAUUAUUCUCAAACACCACAAGUGACUCUUAAAACUGUAUAAGAACGGUUGCACCAUGGACUGCAGGAGCUGGAUUUAACACAAGUAUCAUUUGAUAUUUUAAUUGAACGACUACAACACUGACUGAGAGAUGUCGCUUCAAAACCACACGUGUGUGUUAGUGCGAUAUUAAAAGAUCUGGACUUUCAACUGUAGAGUAUGGAAUCAACACUUCAAGUCUCAUUAGCUAAUAUAUUUAAACUACACCAAAGACUGCAGAAUCUGACUUCAAAAUUACGCGUGUCUCUUUGUACUAUACUUAAACUAUUGCAUUAUCGAUUACACGGCCUGGCUUGAAAACAACAAUGUUGUUAAGCAAUAUUUUCGAAGGUUUAUAACAUUGACUGUAGGAACUGGCUGAAAAAACACAUGUGUUUCUUGGUAUUGUAUUUAAACGAUUGCACCAUCAACUACAGGACUUGGCCUUUACACCUCAAGUACCAUUAGGUAAUAUAUCCCAACUAUUAUAGCAUCGAGAAGAGGGCCUGGUUUCAACGCCACAACUGUCUCUUGGUAAUACAUUUAAACAAUUACAACAACUACAGGAUCUAGCUUCAACACCAGAAACGCCAUCAGGUCGUGUAUUCAAACGAUUACGUCAAUAAGUACAAAACCUAGUUUCAAAACUCAUGCAAUACAAAGUAAAGUAUACGACCUGAUUUUAACAUCACCAUUGCCAUUUAAAAAUGUACUUGAACAACACCUGAACAUUAAAUGCAGUAUCCAGCUUCAACAUCAACGGUGUCAGUAGGUAAUAUUGGGACAAAUACAACGUCAAGAAUAGGGCCCGGUUUUAAUUAAGUAGGCGUCACAAGAUGGCGUAUUCGAAAGACUGUAAGAUAAUUUGCAGAAUUUGGAUUCAACAUCACAGAUCUCGCAGUCUAAUAUAUUCGAAACACAAAAGUCAAACAGAGAUCCUCAGGAGUUCUGUUGAACACCAGUUUACUGACAAAGAAGGCACUUAGCUAUUCAAUUGACUGAAGCUGAACAACCACCGCAAAGAAAAUAUAUAAUAUAACAGCUGUGUAACGCAUUAUCUUGGAAAUACAUAUAUAUACAUAAACGACAUAAUAUAUUAUUUAAGGUAUGAAGGUCCGAGACUGACAUAGUGUUGCUUAACCAGCUUCAGUUUUAUCAUGCAUAAACCUCCUUUAGCCUCAGCCUGCUGUGCCACCAAAACCUAUCCUACUUGGCAAAGUAAUAUUUCCUGCCCAUGUUCAAUAAACAAGAAACGAAAGUAAACGAAUUUUUUCACUUGGACAAUCUACCCAAUGGGAAUUAAGGUCUUCUUUACGUCAUUGCAUGCGCAUCAUGGUCAAAUGGGUAGAACUGAAUAGAGUGA